AAAAAUUCAAGCCAAACACACCGCACUUACGCCCCGAAGAAGUUCCCAUGCGCCCGCGCGCUGAUAACGCAAGUCUGAGAAUCUGAGACCGAUUCCGCUCCGAAUCUGAAUCUGAAUUCGAGUCCGAGUCCGAAACCGAUAACGUAAACGAAAACUGAGUAGCUCGGUCGGAAGUGAGAAUUGAUAUAUAGCGGGCGUCGCCGCAGCUCAGAACAAAUAACACACAGCUCUCGAAGCGUGAACGUCGUUGUCGUCGAGUUUCCGCCUUGAAAUCAAAAUCGAGUACUGAAAACAGAAACAUCAAAACUAUACGUACUCUCCCCGGCAUCUAAUGUGCGCCUGUUAGCCGGAUUCUAAAUUAAAGCGAUUGCGAAAAUUCAAUAAGUCAACGAUGGAGGACAAGCGGGCAAAUGGCGAUACCAGCGCCUGCAAUGGGCAUUCCGACAAGCAGCGCAAGGAUGUUCGCGUCUGGUGCGAUGGAUGCUAUGAUAUGGUGCACUUCGGCCAUGCGAACUCCCUGCGACAAGCCAAAGCUCUUGGCGAUAAGGUAAUUGUGGGCAUUCACACCGACGAGGAGAUCACCAAGCACAAGGGACCACCGGUCUUCACCGAGGAGGAGCGCGUCAAGAUGGUCAAGGGCAUCAAAUGGGUGGAUGAAGUGGUGCUCGGUGCUCCGUAUGUGACCACACUGGAGGUGCUCGACCAGAACAACUGUGAUUUCUGUGUGCAUGGAGACGACAUUACCAUGACAGCCGAAGGAGUGGACACAUAUCAUUUGGUCAAGUCAGCAAAUCGCUACAAGGAAGUAAAACGCACAGCUGGAGUUUCGACCACUGACCUUGUGGGCCGCAUGUUGCUCCUGACACGCAACCACUUCCGUCAGGGAUCCGCCGAAUAUGACAUCGAGAAAGAAGUGUCAAUUCUAAAACGACAAAUAAAAUCCCAUCCAGGUUCUUCGAACAUGGGCCAAGAUUCGGCAGCCAAAAGUCCAUGGACCGGUUGUAGUCAGUUCUUGCCGACUACUCAAAAGAUCAUACAGUUCAGUGAUGGCAAAUCACCGAAUCCCGGCGAUAAGAUUGUUUAUGUGGCUGGCGCCUUCGAUCUCUUCCAUGUGGGUCACCUGGACUUUCUGGAAAAGGCUAAAAAACUGGGUGAUUACCUGAUUGUUGGCCUGCACACAGAUCCCGUGGUGAACUCUUACAAGGGCAGCAACUAUCCCAUUAUGAAUCUGCACGAGCGCGUGCUCAGCGUUUUGGCCUGCAAGUUUGUCAAUGAGGUAGUCAUUGGAGCUCCCUACUGCGUCACCGAAGAACUGCUUGAACACUUCAAAAUCGAUGUCGUCUGCCACGGACGCACACCCAUUGCGCUGGAGAACGGCAAGAUCGAUCCAUAUGCCGUUCCCAAGACGCGAGCAGUCUUUGAGCUGAUCGAUUCCGGCAACGAGAUGACCACGGAGCGUAUCGUGGAGCGCAUCAUCUCGCACCGGCUGGAAUAUGAGCGUCGCAACCAGGCCAAAGAAAAGAAGGAAAUCGAAGCCUUUGAGGCACUUCAACGCCAAAAACAGACCCAAAAGGCCGGCUAGCCGGAACCUGAUUCCGACCUCUCACACUAGACGGAUGUUUCAUAUUUUUUAGUUUGUUUUGCUUAGAUUGUCGUCCUCGUUAAGAUGGCGCUUUUAUUUUGUUGCGUUAAAAGCGAUGCGACGCUGCCUGAGGUGCCGUGCGGCCAGUAUCUUGAAAAGCCUCGGAUGCAGCGUAGCGCUCGCUCGUUCUUUAGUACAAUUUUUGAAUAUCUGCACAUGCGCCACAUAGAAAGCCUUAAUGAUAUAAGGUUAUACACAUUAAUAUAUAUUUGUAAUACCUUAAUAUAGCAUAUUUAAAAUCUAAAUUUUAUGUAUGUAAGCUCAAAAUUUGUAAAUUCCUUUUUGUAUGCUGUAAGUGUUGAGAAACAACAAAAUUGUACGAAUAGCAAAGAUAAAAUGUGACAUGUUAUCCAAACGGUUGGCAAAAAGAAAAGCCUUGUACGAAUUGUAUAUAUAUAUUCAGCAAUGUAUCGCAAGUAGGAUGUCCGGAUCCGGAAAUAGCUGCUUUUAUCAAAUGUAAUCUCUGAUACUUUGUCCUAAUUUAUUAAUGCAUAUACUAAGUGCAAGUUCAAGUUUUAUGUUUCAAUGUUUAAUCUUAGUCUUAAAUACAUGGCCAAAAAUAUUGCAAAUUCCAAA